AUGUCCUGCCAGCAGAGCCAGCAGCAGUGCCAGCCUCCUCCCAAGUGUGCCCCAAAGUGCCCUCUCAAGUGCCAGACACCAAAGUGUCCCCCAAAGUGUCCUCCUAAGUGUCCCCCUGUCUCUUCCUGUUGUAGCCUGGGUUCCGGGGGCUGCUGUGGUUCAAGCUCCGGAGGCUGCUGCAGCUCUGGCGGUGGUGGUGGCUGCUGCCUGAGCCACCACAGGCCCCGCAGAUCUCUCCGUCACAGACACCAGAGCUCUGGAUGCUGUAGCAGUGGUGGCAGCAGCUGUGGCAGCAGUGGUUGCUGUGGUGGCAGCAGCGGCAGCAGCUGUGGCAGUAGCCAGCAGUCUGGAAGCUGUUGCUGA